ACUCUUCUUACGUUCUCCUGAGUUACUGGUAAACUCCAGCAGGAGAUUCCAGUCCUAAAGUGAAGCAAAUACCUUGUUCGUAAAUGAAGCCUCUGCAGGACCUUGGUGGUUUGCCGUCAGAGCCCUCCACCCCAUCAAUGUAAAGCUGAGGACCCCACAGGUUGUGCACCAGAAAAUCGGUUCUGGUCCUCGGCAGAUGUGCGUCAGUACCAGCUACUAGAGAGCAGGAUGGAGACCACACCUAUAAAUUCCCAGAAGGAGCUGUCAGUGUGUGAGGAUGGAGAAGACUGUCAGGAAAAUGGAGUUCUACAGAAGGGUGUCCCCGCCCCUGGGGAUAAGGCGGAGUCCGGCCAGAUCUCCAAUGGGUACUCGGCAGUUCCGAGCCCCAGUGCAGGAGAUGACACUCAGCACUCCAUCCCGGCUGCCACCACCGCCCUAGUGGCUGAGGUUCACCAAGUGGAACGGGAGACCUGGGGCAAGAAGAUGGAUUUCCUCUUGUCAGUCAUUGGCUAUGCUGUGGACCUGGGCAAUGUCUGGCGCUUUCCCUACAUAUGUUACCAGAAUGGAGGGGGGGCGUUCCUCCUCCCCUACACCAUCAUGACCAUUUUCGGGGGGAUCCCGCUCUUCUAUAUGGAGCUCGCGCUGGGCCAGUACCACCGAAACGGAUGCAUUUCCAUAUGGAGGAAAAUCUGCCCGAUUUUCAAAGGGAUCGGGUACGCCAUCUGCAUCAUCGCCUUUUACAUCGCCUCCUACUACAACACCAUCAUGGCCUGGGCGCUCUACUACCUCCUCUCCUCCUUCACCGACCGGCUGCCCUGGACCAGCUGCGAGAACUCCUGGAACACUGGCAACUGCACCAACUACUUCUCUGAAGGCAACAUCACCUGGACACUCCACUCCACCUCCCCUGCGGAGGAAUUUUACACGCGCCACGUGCUGCAGAUCCACCGGUCUAAGGGACUCCAGGACCUGGGGGGCAUCAGCUGGCAGCUUGCCCUCUGCAUCAUGCUGAUCUUCACUGUGAUCUACUUUAGCAUCUGGAAAGGUGUCAAAACAUCUGGCAAGGUGGUGUGGGUGACUGCCACCUUCCCUUACAUCAUCCUUCUGGUCCUGCUGGUAAGGGGCGCCACCCUCCCCGGAGCCUGGAGGGGUAUUCUCUACUACUUGAAACCCAACUGGCAGAAACUGCUGGAGACGGGGGUGUGGGUGGAUGCUGCCGCUCAGAUCUUCUUCUCUCUUGGUCCUGGCUUUGGGGUCCUGCUGGCUUUUGCUAGCUACAACAAAUUCAACAACAACUGUUAUCAAGACGCCCUGGUGACCAGCACGGUGAACUGCCUGACGAGCUUCGUUUCAGGAUUUGUCAUUUUCACGGUGCUUGGUUAUAUGGCCGAGAUGAGGAAGGAGGAUGUGUCCGAGGUGGCCAAAGAUGCAGGCCCCAGCCUCCUCUUCAUCACAUAUGCAGAAGCCAUAGCCAACAUGCCGGCGUCCACCUUCUUCUCCAUCAUCUUCUUCUUGAUGCUGAUCACGCUGGGCUUGGAUAGCACGUUUGCAGGCUUGGAGGGGGUGAUCACAGCUGUGCUGGAUGAGUUUCCGCACACCUGGUCCAAGCGCCGGGAGUUGUUCGUGCUCUGUGUGGUCGUUGCCUGCUUCUUCGGGUCCCUGGUCACCCUGACUUUCGGAGGGGCCUAUGUGGUGAAGCUGCUGGAGGAAUACGCCACGGGGCCGGCUGUGCUCACCGUGGUGCUGAUAGAAGCAGUCGCCGUGUGCUGGUUCUAUGGCGUCACUCAGUUCUGCAGCGACGUGAAGGAAAUGCUGGGCUUCAGCCCUGGGUGGUUUUGGAGGAUCUGCUGGGUGGCCGUCAGCCCCCUGUUUCUCCUGUUCAUCAUUUGCAGCUUUUUGAUGAGCCCGCCACAGCUGCGACUUUUCCAGUACACGUAUCCUCACUGGAGUGUCAUCCUGGGUUACUGCAUAGGGACCUCGUCUUUCAUCUGCAUCCCCACCUACAUCACGUACCGGCUGCUCAUCACUCCGGGGACACUGAAGGAACGUAUUAUUAAAAGUAUCACUCCAGAAACACAAACAGAAAUUCCCUGUGGGGACAUCCGCUUGAAGGCCAUUUAAAACCUUCAACCAGAGGAAAACAGCUCCCCAAACCUCCUCCUCCAGUUCUGACAAGUCACGCCUCGCCUUCUCCCUCUGUCAACAAGUUUGCAGCUAAGCCUGACCAUGGAAAGGCCGUCUUCACAGGGACAGAGUCCCAAAAGACUAUGGUGCCCAGACUCCUAAGGCUCCCAGCCACGUCUUUCUGUGAAAUCUCCUGGACAUUUACCAUGUUAGACUCUGAUGCAGCUGAACUGGACUAGUUUGGAUGUGUGAGCAUGUGUAUGGAGGUGAUUAAAAGCACCAUAUAAUCAGUUAGGAUUUAGUUUAGAAUCAAGUCUGUGAACAGCUCCUAUAUCAUUUCUCAUGAUGAUCAUUGGUAUCUGAUAUGUUUCCUUCUAAAUUUUUCAUUGUUCAUGGAUGCAUAAACUGUGUAGGAAUAAACAGGGGUGCUGUCUUGCUAGCCACAUAUUUUCUGAGUAGCAUAGAAUUCUGUAGCUGGAUCUACUACAACUCUAUAACCCAUGUGCUACUGUGGAGUCAGGAGAGGAAGGUAUAAGAAACGUGUACAUGUGAGUAUAUGUGUGUACUGUUUCAGUGUAUGCUUAUCUUUAUUCCAAUACUUUGAGUCUAUUAUAAACUAUAUGGAUUUCUCCUAAUUUUUCUUACGUUAAUCAAUUCGACCUACUCAAAUGUGUAUGUAUGUUAUUAUUUGAAAAGUAUAAUUACUACCACAUGCUCUGCCACCUUCUCCUUUUCCAGGGACACUACUUGGGCCCACACACCUUGCCUUGUGGGCCAGCCUUCUGAACUUUAUUCUCAUCUUCUAGUCUCUCUCUGCUAAACAUUUAGUAUAGUGUUCCACAGGCAAAUCUGGUUUAUUUCAUUAGUCACUGUGGCUUGACCAUGAACUACUUUGAAGGUGGAUAUUGACAAAUGCAUCUUCAGUGUUCAGUUGGCCAAUUUAAGCUCUGUAGACUUCAAAUGGCUUGAGUCUAACAGUAGAGGUCACUUUGCUUUGUGAAGAAAGGAUGAAUCCAAUUCUCAUAUACAAGGUACAUAGAUUUGGAACCCUGACCUAAGCCAAGGUCAUCCUCAAUCAGAAAGUGAUUAGACAGUCUAGUACCCUAGUGCCUUAAGUGAACACUCAUCCUCCCCC